ACAGUGCAGUUACACUGGGUUAGUACUAAGUGUAUUGAUGUAAUACAGGUAAAAACAAUAACAGUACAGAGUAAAGUGUCACAGCUACAGAGAAAGUGCAGUGCAAUAAGGUUCAAGGUAGAUCAUGAGGUCAUAGUCCAUCUCAGAGUAUAAGGGAACCAUUCAAUAGUCUUAUCACAGUGGGGUAGAAGCUGUCCUUGAGCUUGGUGGUACGUGCCCUCAGGCUCCUGUAUCUUCUACCCGAUGGAAGAGGAGAGGAGAGAGAAUGCCCCAGGUGGGUGGGGUCUUUGAUUACACUGGCUGCUACACCAAGACAACAAGAGUGCCCGCGGAGCACGUUGGCGCGGCCGGUGAGGAGGGGGCGCUUCAGCAGUGCCGGCGAUGGGCUGGAGAUGGUGAGGUGGUCUGUACACGGUGGUGCAGCUGCAGUGCUCCAAGGACGCGCAGAGAUCCGAUUUUAGCUGUCGUUAGCUUUAAGGUCCCUGCGCCUCAGCUCCCUUGCGGGGCCGGAGACACGAGGUCGGAGAGUGGGGCUGGAUGGAUGGCUUCCAAGUGCUUAUCUUUCAAACAACCUUGGACAGUGUUUUUCUUCUGCUGGGGAUAUGAUUGGUUAAGGCCUGGUGAACUCUGAUCCAUCACUCUGUGGCUUUGUUUCUCUGUGUGCCAUCCUCCUGUUGAAUUGCUUAUUGGAAGGAAACCUGAGAUUGGAUUGAUCAACCAGCAAUUCACAGGGGUUUAAUCAUGACUGCUGCUUUCUCUAUGCUCCACUCGAUGCCAGUGACUCCGUGGCAUUUUAGUUAAUGAUUUUGUACCCUCAACUGGAAUGACGAGGAGUUUGCUGUGAUGUGCUGAGUCUGCAAUCUCCCCUGUCUCAAAUUCCAUAAUUUCAGUACCACUCCCCUGAAUCCUGCAGAGAGCUCAAGAACUUUGUGGGGCAGGAGAACAGCAUCACCCAAGGGAAAAUGCCCCCACCGGCACCGAUGCGCUUUUCUGUGGCAGACUAUGUCAUCUUUGCCCUGCUUCUGGUCUUCUCCUCCGUCAUCGGACUCUUCUACGCACUGAGUGGCGGGCGGCAGAGGACCACUCAGGAGUUUCUUCUGGCUGGACGCAGUAUGACCUUCAUGCCGGUGGCUCUCUCCCUCCUCGCCACCUUCCAGUCGGCUGUAGCCAUUUUGGGUGUGCCGGCUGAGAUCUACACCAACGGCACUCAGUACUGGUUCCUCGGAUGCUCCUACUUUCUGGGACUCCUCAUUCCUGCUCACAUCUUUCUCCCUGUGUUUUAUCGACUUGGACUCACCAGCACUUAUGAGUACCUGGAACUGCGGUUUAAUAAGGCGACAAGACUGUGCGGGUCGCUGACUUUCAUCGUCCAAAUGGUUAUUUACAUGGGUGUAGUCCUCUAUGCACCUGCCCUGGCCCUAAAUGCAGUUACUGGCUUUAACUUGUGGGGAGCGGUGCUAGCUAUAGGUCUGGUCUGUACACUCUACACAGCAGUGGGUGGGCUGAAAGCUGUAAUCUGGACAGACGUGUUUCAGACGCUGGUGAUGUUUUCUGGGCAGCUGGCUGUCAUAAUCAUUGGAGCAAAGCAGGCAGGGGGUAUGGCAGAAGUGUGGCAAUCCGCAGUAAACGGCGGCAAGAUCACAGGAAUUGACCUGAACCCUGACCCUUUUGAACGGCACACCUUCUGGACGCUGGCUGUAGGUGGUGUGUUCAUGAUGCUGGCACUGUAUGGAGUGAACCAGGCUCAGGUUCAGCGAUAUCUCAGCUCUCGUUCGGAGAAGCAGGCGAAACUGUCAUGCUAUGCAGUGUUUCCAUGCCAACAGAUAGUCCUGGCCUUGGGGUGCUUGAUGGGCCUGGUUAUGUAUGCUCGCUAUGGAGAAAACAGCCCCCUGCAGCAGGGUUACGUCACUGCCUCUGAUCAGAUGGUUCUUUAUUUCGUCAUGGAUGUGCUUCAGGAUUAUCCUGGUCUACCUGGGCUCUUCAUCGCUUGUCUGUUCAGUGGAGCACUCAGCACUAUAUCAUCUGCAUUCAGUUCACUGGCUGCUGUCACCAUGGCCGAUUUGAUCAAACCUUACUACCCAGAUAUGACUGAAAGUCAAGCUACACUGAUAUCCAAGUGUCUCGCCCUGGGUUAUGGAUUACUCUGCCUUGGAAUGGCGUACAUCGCAUCGCUAAUGGGCUCGGUGCUACAGGCAGCCUUGAGUAUAUUUGGGAUGAUUGGUGGCCCACUACUUGGCACCUUCUGCCUGGGAAUGUUUUUCCCCAUGGCUAAUUCUGUGGGUGCAAUCUCAGGCUUGGUGGCUGGUUUGAUAAUGGCAUUUUGGAUCGGAAUCGGCAGCUUUAUUUCCAAAGGAGCACGCCUUUCAUUCGCAAACACCACCAGUGUCCAAAAUAUCACCAUCUCCAUGGCAACCACUGCCAUGACAACAGCCACCACAACAUUGGCAGCAAGUGCAGGUCCCACAGGCCUGAAGAAGUUCUAUUCUCUCUCGUAUUUAUGGUACAGUGGGUACAAUGCAGCCACUGUAGUUAUCGUGGGACUGCUGGUCAGUUUCCUAACAGGCCCAAUGAAGGGGGAAGAUGUGAAUCCUUCCACUGUGGUUCCUGUUCUCCGUUACCUGCUCUUCUUCUUGCCUGAGCGAUGUAAGGAAAAGCUAACCUGUGGAGUCCGUUAUCAGCCAGCGAACAGUGAGCCCGGCCUUCAGCACUCGCUCAUGCUGCAUAAGGAGUCGAAUGGAGUGGUGGGCCAAGACAAAACCAAUUGGACAAGCCAGAAGCAGGGGCUUGGUGAUGAGCUGUGCAAGGACUGGGACAUAGUGAAGGAGGAUCUGGCAGUGGAGAUCCUUCAGGAAACGCCUCUGUAAUAGUGGAUCCUGGAUGGCUAAUUUACUCCAAUGGUCCUUGGUACCCGAGCAUGUAAAAGAUUUCCACAGUGUCUUCCAAAACUCCCAACUUUAAAUAACCUAAGCCUGCAGGACUAGCAACAGGUGCUGUGGUCUAGCCCUGUCUCCUGGUACCGAGCAGAGUAUGUCCACAGCUGGAUGAGUGAUAAACAAGGAGGAGGUUGGUGGGAUGAACUGGAUUUGGGGAGGUGGAGAUCAUCUGAAAAAUCCGGCAUAUUGUGCUGAGCCACGAUAGCUCUUAGCUCAGUGGGUGGUGCUGUGAUAACCACCGGAUUCAACCCUGGUGGCCAAAUGAUGACCAACGCUAUUGGCCACCUCAGGUCGUCCUGGCAGUGUCUUUGCUGUCAUCUCUUUAGCAAUCAAUAUUUUAAAAUCUUUCAUUAAUUGCGCUCAGUCAGGUUCUGAGAUUUUGGAAUCAAAAGUGGGAGUGUGGAUGAGAGUGAGUUUCUUCCCUGUUUCUGGGUGAACUGUUAGCUCAUUCAAAUUUACUUUCCAAUCAACGCACAAAAUCAUAAAUCUUCUUCGUGACUACCUUGCUCGAGUUUCAAAGUACCAGGCACACACUGCCCUGUUUCCAUCAAUGGGUACCCAUCACUUCACCCAAUCUCAGAAUGUUUGCAGCACAGGAGGAGGCCACUUGGCCUGUCACUGUUUAAGAGCAGUCCAGCUCGCCCUGUGCUCUCCCCACCACCCUGCAAAUUCUUUCCUUUUAGAUACUUGCCUAGCUCCCUUUGAGCACUAUAGUUGAAUCUGGCUCCACUGGUCCCCAUGGGCAUGCAUGCAUCCCACACCCUAACCACUUGUUGUGGUGAGGGGAGAUGGAAUAAAGGUUUUUGCUUCUGGUCUCUGUGCCAUUCGCUCUCAUUCAAUAUUCUCUAGUUCUUGUCCUUGCUGAUAAUGGGAGCAGUCCUAUCUACUGUCUACAACUGUUAUAUGUUAACUAUCUCUGUUGGACCCCUCAUAACCCAUGCUGUUCCAAGGAGAACAACUCCAGCCCCUUGUUCCUGGAAUCAUGUUCUACAUCUCAUCUGCCCCCUCUCCAAACCCUUCGCAUCUAUCCAAGUUAUGGUCUGACCACUGUUUCAUAAAUCUUUGUGACUGCCUUGCUCAAGGUUCAAAACCUUCUGCCCUACCAAGCUCUGGAGAUAAGUCCCCAAGCCCGUUUGUGACUCAGUUCCUCCCUGUCACUCAGACCAAGAGCACACCAAGCUCCCUCUCCAUUUCUUCUUGCUGCUGUUUAAUCUGAAACAAGACGCACAAUGUGGGGUGAGUGUCAUCUCUUCCUCUUGCCUCCUCUCUCUUCCCAAACCUGCUGCUGUUGAGGGCUGAAAUUACAGCUGGUUUAAGAGUGCGGGAAGUUUCAAGUCCAAGUUUCGUAUGCUGUUAAGUGGAAGCAGAAGUAUAUGUAUUUUGUUUAUUAGUUGUAAACUGUGGCUCUGUAAAGUUUUACUGCAUAGGUGGGUCCUGUCCAUCAUGUCCAUGCCUGACGCAAUACUUGCGUCACUCUUACUUUCCAACUCUAUCUGAGCCUGUCUUGAUUUAUUACUCCAAGUGCUCAUCCAGUUACCUUUUCAAUGUGAUUCAUGUUUCUGCCUCUCUUCAGCAGUGAGUUCCAGACCUCUACUGCUCUUGAGAUGAAAGUUUAUCCUCAACUCCACUUCAAAUGUAACAUUUAAGUUAGAUUUAAGUCCCUGAGUUACUGACCUAUCCACCAGGGGAAAUAAGUCCUUCCUGUCCACCUUUUCUCAGUGUCUCUCAAAGUGUCACCUUAAUCAAGUUUUUGCUCUGACCCCAGCUCGGGCAUACUGUCCUCUGGGACAGGAUGUCAUGCAUCUGGCUCUCACACUGGGGAUUUGGAUCCAAUGUCAAGGCUGUCACCGUUGUGACUAGACAUUAAUCCAAUAUCCUGUCUGCUUACUCCGAUGGGCAUGACUGAGCCCAUUGUUGUUAAGAGCAGUCCCCUGUGGCUGAGUUUAGUAGAGUAGGACUGAGAGAUUGAUUCCAAUUCCCUUGGAGACAAAUAAACUCCAUUAACUCUGAGCUCAGAACAGCACUGCUGCUUCCCACUCCCAAUAACUGGGUUACUCAUUGCUGAGUCUCUGCUGCUCCCAUUCCAACCAUCAUGACAGUUUCCCCAGAUCCAGAUUGCACCUAGACUGCCCGUGAAGGCCUUCUAACUGUUACAAGUUCACACUCGUCAAGUUGGGUUCAUUUGCUGUCAUUCAUACAGCUGAUGAAAGUCCGUCCUCCAAGCCUCUAUCUUCUCGCCUGUCACGUAAACUCCCUCAUGAGCUGCCCUCCUUGUGCUCCUUGAGUCUAUUUGGAUCCAGCCCAGACUACUGCACCAUAUUGCUUCUCUUUGCAAGUUAUUAUGUUCUACGUUGACAAAACACCGGUCACUGAGUUUAAUCAGAGUCACGUGGGGCCAUUUGUUUUAAGUUUGGCUUGUGUGCAGUUUUUUUUUUAAAGUGUAAAUUCAGCUCAGCGUGUGAACAUGACCUUUCCCCGGCCAAAGCUGGAAGUUUCCAUUGGCAACCUGAGUGCCUGCUGAAUUUUAAAAGGAUCUCAUCCCAUAAGUCAGGAGAGUUGCCCAUUGCCAAACACUAAAAUACUGGGCUGAAUUAGUCUUUACUUGGGAUCUGUCUAAAAAAAACUACCCAUCCCAAACUUAGUCUCUCAAACUAAUCCACAUUACAGAACCUUGUGCUCUUUCUCUCUGGAAAUGGUCAAGCUUGAUUUGGGGAAAAGCUCUGCUGUUUAACAGACCAUGGAAUUCCAUUCCAAGCUGCCAAUAGUAUGAAGAUUAUAACCUUUCACUCCUUCAGAAAGCUUAAUGCUGAAAAUCCAAUACAAAACAGAACCUUGGUGAAAAACUCAGCAGGUUAGGCAGUAUCAGUGGAGAGAAACUCCAGUUAAUGUUUCAGAUUUUUUUAAAUUAAGUUUUAUUUACAGCAUGGUAACAGGCUCUUCCGGCCAUCGAGUCCGCCCCACCCAUUUUAAACCCCAAAUGAACCUACCUGUAUGUCUUUAGAAUGUGGGAGGAAACUGGAGCACCCGGAGGAAACCCACUCAGACACGGGAGAACGUACAAACUCCUUACAGACAGCAAUGGGAAUCGAACCCUGAUCGCUGGCGCUGUAAUAGCGUUGCGCUAAUCGCUACGCUACCGUGCCACCCUUAGACCUGAAACUUGUGUUUCUUCUUUUCCCCCUAACUGGCUUUCCAGAAUUCUUCGCUUUGUUUCUCAUUCCCUUUCAUUUGUGCACUCAAGGAAUGUUCAACAUGCAUCCAGUGAGCUGAUUCAUCAUGGGAGCCUUUUUCCAUGGCACUCAGUGUGGGAUUCUGAAUGAAAUCAUGAUCAUGGCUCCUGUCGUGUGAGUUUCAAUCAGGCUUGCUCUGCAGGCUUUAAUCUUCUCUCUGGCCUAAACUACCUGAUGAAGAAAGAGCAAAAUAAGAAAUGUAAGAUUCUGCACACUCAUUGCACCACCCGCUUGUGAUCACUGCAAUUUAUGACGGCGACGAUCUAUUUCCUUGCAGAAGUUUUCUUAUAAACCUGCCAAAUUUCCCUUGCUACCUGGCAUAGGUUGUUUAACCAGCUGAGUGUCAUGGAGUAAUACAGCACAGAAAUAGGCCCUUCAGCCCAAGUCAUCCAUACUGACCAAGAUGCCCGUCUAAGCAAGUCCCAUUUGACCCAAACCUUUCCUGUCCAUGUACUUGUUCAAAUGUCUUUUAAAUGUUGUUAAUGUACCAGCCUCAACCACUUCAUCUGGCAGUUCAUUCCAAACACAUACCACCUUCUGUGUGAAGAAGUUAGAAACAUAGAAAACCUACAGCACAAUUCAGGCCCUUCGGCCCACAAAGUUGUGCCGAACAUGUCCCUACCUUAGAAGUUACUAGGCUUGCCCAUAGCCUUCUAUUUUUCUCAGUUCCAUGUACCUAUCCCGAAGUCUCUUAAAAGACCCUAUCGUAUCCGCCUCCACCACCGUUGCCAGUAGCCCAUUCCACACACUCACCACUCUGAGUAAAAAAAAGAAUUUACCCCUGACAUCUCCUUUAUACCUACUCUCCAGCACCUUAAACCUGUGUCCUCUUGUGGCAACCACUUCAGCCUUGGGCAAAAAGCCUCUGACUAUCUUACCUGAUCAAUGCCUCUCAUCAUUUUAUACACCUCUAUCAGGUCCCCCCUCAUCCUCCAUCGCUCCAAGGAGAAAAGGCCAAGUUCCUUCAACCUACUUUCAUAAGGCAUGCUCUGCAUUCCAGGCAGCAUCCUUGUAAAUCUCCUCUGCACCCUUUCUAUGGCUUCCAAAUCCUUCCUGUAGUGAGGUGACCAGAACUGAGCACAGUAUUCCAAGUGGGGUCUGACCAGGGUCCUAUAUAGCUGCAGCAUUAUCCCUCAGCUCCUAAAUUCAAUUCUGUGAUUGAUGAAGGACAAUACACCAUAUGCCUUCUUAACCACAGAGUCAACCUGUGCAGCUGCUUUGAGUGUCCUAUGGACUCGGAGCCCUCAGGUCCCUUUUAAUUCUUUCUUCUCUCACCUUAAACCUAUUCCCUCUGGUUUUCAAUUCCCUUUCCCUAGGAAAAAGACUGUACAUUCAUCCUAUUCAUGCUUCUCGUGAUUUUUAUACCUCAAAACCUCCUACAAAUGAGCUGAAUUCGGAUUCCAUUGCUGGAUUAAGGUUCAAUAGUCAUUUUUCAUGGGUGGUUUAAUUUUACGAUCUGAUUUAUCAUUGUCAGGAUCUGGGUGUCACUGGCAGGGCCAGUAGUUGUUGCUCAUCCUUAAUGGACUUUAAACUGAUUGGCAUGUUGGGGCGUUUCAGAGGACAGUUAAGAGUCAAUCACAUUGGUACAUCUGGAGUCACCUAUAGGCCAGACCAGGUGAGCAUAGCAGAUCUCCCACCAACUUUCAGAAUUUAUUAUUAUUUUGUGCUAAAUCCAGAAUUUACCUUUAGGUGGAGCCAUAUUGUCAUCUUAAUUAACAUCUUUGAACAACCUGCACCUUGUCAAGGCAGCUGGAGAAUGGAGGUGAAUGCUUUUUGCCUGUCUACACUAAUCCCAUUUGUCUGCAUUGGGACUGCAUCCUUCUGUGCCUUGCUACUUGUCUAAAUGCCUCUUAAACAUGUCAUUGUAUUUGACUCCUCCACCACCUCCAGCAGCACAUUCCAGAUGUCAAACAAAAACUUACCCACCUGUUCCCCUUUAAAACUCCUUCCACUGUCCUUAAACGCAUGCCCUCUUGUUUUUGAUACCCUGACCAUUGGGGAGAAAAGGAUUUUGACUUUCUCCCUGUCUCUGCCUCCUCCACAAUCUUGAACAUAAGGUCUUCCCUUGGCCUCUUUCACUUCAGCAAAAACAAGCCCGGCCUAUCCAAUCUCUCCUCAUAACUAAAGUUCUCCAAUUCAGGCAUCGUCCUGGUGAAUAUCCUCUGCACUUUCCCCAGUGCAAUCACAUCUUUCCUACAGGGUGUGCUGACCAGAACUGCACACAGUACUCCAAGUGCAGUCCAACCAGUGUUUUGUAACAUUGUCUCAAUCCUUGCAUCCCAUGCAGACAAGCAUGCCAUAUGCCCUCUGUCCCCUAUCUACCUGUGGUGCCACGUUCAAGGAACAAUGUACUUGGACCCCUAGGUCUGUCUAUUCAUCAACAUUUCUUGGUGCCCUACCAUUUAAUGUACAUGUCCUACCCCUAUUUGACUUCUCCAAAUGCAUCACAUCACAUUUGUUGGGAUUGAAUUCCAAUUGCCAGUGCUCCACCCAGCUUCCUAACUGAUAUACGUCCUGCCUUGGACAGCAUUCCUUGUGAUCCACAAUACUAACUCCUGUCAUCCACAAACAUGCUAAUUGUACCCCCUGCAUUUGAUCGCAAGUCACUAAUAUAUAUCACAGUAGCAGAGGUCUCAGCAGUAUAUCACUGGUCAUAGACCUCUGAUCGGAUAAACCUCUUUCUACUGCUGCUUCCUAUCACCAAGCCAGUUUUGGAUCCAGUGGUGGUAACCAUGAAAUGACUGAAUUGUAAGAACACAUCUGGUUCAUUUGUUCUUCUGGAAGAAGAUUUGCUGUCCUUGUCUGGUCUGCCCAAUAUGUGACUCCAGACUCUCCACUACAUUUCACUACCUCCUGAGUUUGGGGACAAUUAGGGAUGGACAAUAAUUGGCAGUGUUGCUCACAGCUCAUGAUUAAGUAAAUGUGAGAUUGUCGUAAAUGGAUAAGCAUAGAUUUCAUUCCCAAGUCUUGAUGUUUCAAUGUUUAUGACAUAAAAAGCUAUUCAAACCAUGAGUCUAUACCAACGCACAGAGCAAUUCUAUUCUCCCCACACAUUUUUCCCCGUCACCAAUUCCCUCCCAAAGUCCCAAGAAUUCUACUGUGCACUUACAAUAGGGGCAAAUUAUAGUUCCCAAUUAACUCAAAACUGGGCAUCUUUGGGAUAUGGGAGGAAAUCACAGCACCUGGAAUAAACUCUCAUGGUCACGGGCACACGUGCAGACAGCACCCAAGGGCAGGAUUGUAUUGGGUUGCUGGAGCUGCAAGAUAGCGGCUCGGCUCGCUGUGCCUCUCGUUACCCAUAUGUGACUCCUGCCAAAUCAUUGCUGAAUCUUAACUGUCCUGUGGCCCAGAAUGGUGCUCAAUUUUGUUGAGUUACAGGGGCAACUCGCCGUGACUUUGAGUAACUGGGCAAGGGUAGUAAAUGCAACGCUCACAUCCAUUGAAUAUAUUGUUAAAUAACAGUCUAUUCAUAAUUAUCUGUAUCCUCUCAUUGGUCUUGUACUGAAAUGCUCUUGUUGGGUGAAGGGGCUGAACUCCAACCCCAUUUACAAGACAAAGUUUGAAUACUGUUUCACAUGGUACAAGUAAGUUAAUUUUAAUUUAUGGUCCAUUUAAGUUAUUUACCAGAAAUUUUAAGAAUAACUUACUGUGGCUAUUAAUAUGAUUUUAUUUUUGUGCCAAAUUUACAUUUGGCAGAAGGCAUUUGUUUUAAUUAAUAGCGUUCAACAACCUAAGGUAAUAGUGUGCAUUUGGUGUCAAUGCCUAUAACCCUACAUUUUGGUAGACAGCAUACAACCUGUUAGUACGUAGUGCUUUGUGUAUGUGAACUACAUUGCAGUCUCUGUGUUUCAGAGGUAUGUUGCACUGUUUACACACAAACUAUUGUUUUGCUUGACCAUCUUUUAAAGAUGUGUAGUGGCAGUGUUUGUGAUACACUGUGCCACUAAUGUGGUGUGGUUUGCUUUUUUUUUGCUGUGCUGUGUAGGGAGCUUUUCUUAUUGGGAUAAGGAUUCUUAUCAGGAUGUGUAAAACACUCACUUGAUAACUGCACUGCUGCUUUAAAAUGGAACCAAAUGGCAUGGCAUCUAGCUUGGUUCUAGGGGAGAGUCAAAAUGCUCUCAGUAGCUGAGCAAUUGAUGGGAAAUCCCAACAGGUUGUGCAGGUGUUAUGCUGUUCUUCAUUGUGCUGUUGCCUCCAACUGUAAAAGUCAAGGUCAAACCCCACUGGAGAAGACAUAUCUGGGCUGUGAUUACAGUGCAUUGCUGAGUGUGUGCUCAGCUCCCCAUGGUCAUACCCAGCUGCUGUCCUGAGUUCAGGAAGACGGAACGCUACAAGGUAGUUCUACAUGUCUCGGGCAGGGUUAAAGUGAAGCCAGGUUUUGCCCCCUCGCACAUGAAAUGUGCCAUUCCACCCUUGUGAAGAAUACUAGUGUUCUACCAAUAUUUUCCUUCAAUCAACAUUACUAACAGAGAUAGUCCCGGCAUCAUGUUGCAAUUUGUGGGAUCUUGCUGUGCACUGAUUGGGUGCUUCCAACACUACAACAGUAACUGCUUUUCAGCAUUACAUCCAUGGGCUCGGAGGCCCUUUUGAGAAUUUCUGGAAGGGAUGUUAAAAUUUGCUACAGAAAUACAAGACUUUUUCACCCUGACUCAAUAACCCAUAGGAUUGAUGCCAGUUUGAAUACGGUGAAACUCCAGGAGGAGAAACAUUUAUUGAUGAAUUAAAACAAAGUUCGCAUCAAGCUAUUGGAUCAUCUUACAAAUCCAGCAGUAAAUUAGUAAUCCUUCAGGCAAGGGAAUCUGAUAUCCUCAGCCUGGUGGUAGGCGAUUCCCUGGUCCUGCGUGGUUGACACCAUCUGCCCUUUGGAGUUACUCAGCUCAUCCCACCAGAGGUCCUUGCACAGACUUCCCAAGGCAAUAAAGCAUUGUCCAGGGGAGCCGUGACACAUUUGAAGAUGAACAACUUUGUUCUCACUGAGCUGAACAUUAGCCAGUAGUAUCAAGGGGUUUAGCUUCUCGUAUAGGCAAGGUCCCGCAAAUUGUACUGAAACAAAUGAGCAAUUGUUUGCUUGGUGAUGUCGGAUAAUAAUGUCCGCAGUUGGCUUGGGUUCAGCCAAUCUGUCGGGAACUUUGAGUUCCAAGGGACUCGAUUGGAGCCCGCACUGUCAUUGAACCCACAGUAAGCAUCAAAGCUUUUAUGGAACACAGGAGGAAACAGCACAAUAUAUUUUAAAGCAGAAUCUUGGACCUGAAAGCUUCAAUGUCCUUGCAAUGUUGCCAGUUGGUUUGUUAUAUGUUCCCUACUUGUCAAAAAAUUGUCUAGCAUUUGGUUCAGGAAAUACUUGUGUAAUCUUGUAACAGCAUAGCAAUGAAAUCUAUAGUGUAAACUAUUGGUCUGGUCCCAGUGAGUACACUGAGAUUUCUUUUACUUUGAACAUUGAUUUGGUAUAUAUGCCUUAAUAUGGAAUGUGAUUACUGCCAUUCUAUAGUGUGUACACCUAGGAGAAAUAAAAAUGCUAUCUUUGGA